AUGUAUAUUUUGUUGCAACAAGCAACAAGCAGACAAGCAGACAUCCAGACAAGCAGACAAGCAGGCAAGCAGGCAAGCAGGCAAGCAGGCAAGCAGGCAAGCAGGCAAGCAGGCAAGCAGACAAGCAGACAAGCAGACAAGCAGACAAGCAGACAAGCAGACACGCAGACAAGCAGACAAGCAGACAAGCAGACAAGCAGACAAGCAGACAAGCAGACAAGCAGACAAGCAGACAAGCAGACAAGCAGACAAGCAGACAAGCAGACAAGCAGACAAGCAGACAAGCAGACAAGCAGACAAGCAGACAAGCAGAAAAGCAGAAAAGCAGUAAAGCAGCAAAGCAGACAAGCAGACAAGCAGACAAGCAGACAAGCUGACAAGCAGACAAGCUGA